AAAAUAAGAGCGGGGUAAGCGGCUGUCUUGGCAUAAGCAAGCAGAAGCAAUUGGGUCUGUAGCUACCUCGCUUUACAGCUGGUUGGUGGCGGUUUGUAUAGGCAAAAGCAAAAGCACUUGCCCUCGGCUGUGUAUACACAGCCUGGCUGCCGCAGUUCAGCUGCUGAGCUCAGAUUGUUAGACGGUCAAGUAAACUGCGUAUUUACCAAGAUUACCCUAUGUAUUCACGCCAAAUUGGUUUCGAUAAUACUUGUGAAUAAUAGUUUUGUUGAGAGUUGAAUCUGAUUAACGGCGUCUCUAUCAUAUAUAAUCCAAUCAACCCUUGAGGCGCGGCCAAAUAACUUGCGAAUCUCAACAAAUGGCUACUUACAGACUUGUGCCUAAGCCCAACUGCCCGGUUGACGCUGUUCAACUAGGCAGUCUGCUCUCCAACCCUGACCCAUUAAGCAAUCCCUUCUACAUCCUAGGGGAGAGAGACUAUGAGAAAAAGGAAGUCGACCCCGUGAAGUUCUCGAUCGAGAUCAACGUGAACUCAGAGGGGAAAAUCGGCGUGAAUUCCUCUUUCGCCAGCUUGCUCCCUCUCGGAGGUGGGUUGGCGGGCGCCUGGAAGAGUGAGAAGGGCAAAUUCCUCUCCUGCCAAAAGAUGGUUGGCAGCUACCUAGAGGUCACGGAGGAGUUGCUGCAAGGCUUGAGCACGAAGAGCUUCGUGGUAAACCACUUCAACGACAACAGUACGAACACGGCUUGGCUGAUCACUGGCAUCAAACUGGGCUGGGGUGUGAUUGUCACCGACUCUAAACUCACCCAACAUGAGCUGGAAGGUCAGCUAAACGUAGGAGGCGCUGGAGAUGGCACUGUCAUGUUCCAAACGGGCCGCGCUGUUCGUGUAUUCUACUACUCGGAGGGGCCGGUCGUCUGUGGAUAUGAGUUGACCAAGCUGCGAACUAACACGGUGGGUGAAAUGGGAGCAACUACACUUCGCGGCUACUUUUAUAGCCACAACGAAGGAGAUGAACAGUCCUUUAAGCUCCUUGUAGAUUCAUCGCCAACCGAGGGGGCAGUGAAAGGUUAUGAUGAGGUGUCCGACAAGAGUUGCCAAUUGAUCGUUCAGAAAUAGGUGGCGCACAUCCAAUUGCUCGUACGCCUACACCAUUCUUUCAUCACAGUUAGUCAAUAAUAAGACAUAUAGGCUCUAAAGCCUGGAAAUAUUGGUCCCCCAAGAUUGGGUAGCGUGGAUUCUCUGUGACCGAUUUACCGACUUGGUCUCAAUCAAUUUAGUGACUAGUGUUUUCAUUCCUUUUUGGGCUG